AUGCCCGCGUCACCCAGUCAAAUGUACAAAGUCGACUACAAGGAGGAUAAGGGGAAGUACGUAGUCGCAGUGAGUCAGAUGCGAGCGGGGUACUGCAUCGUGGAGACACACCCAGAAAUAUUCGUCCCCCUCAGUGUGAAAUACAUGGCACCGAGAAUCAUCGAUGCAGAAAAUAAAAAAAGUUCUUACAAAACAGUGAACAUAUGUUUUUACUGCUUUGAAAAAUUUAGCAAAAGUUUUUAUUGUCCUAACUGCAAAUAUGUGGUGUAUUGUAGUGAGGUGUGUCUGGAACUAGCCUGGAAGUUGCAUAGAGACGAAUGUGAAGUGUUUAAGUCCAAUAUCUUUGACAAAUUCUGCCCAUCCAUCAUCAUGCGGAUGGUAAUUAAUAGUUACUUAAGCCAUUUUAACUUUUACGAAUACUGUGGAAGCGUAGCAGAAUUGUCAAAGGAAAAAUACGAGUAUUUUAAAUACCCAGCAUAUAUAGUAGCCGUAGCGCUGAUGAGUAAAAAAAAAAAAAUGUUUGCCAACUUUGAAGAUAAUGAAAGCAUACUGAAAAAUGUUAUCGAGAAGUUUGUAAAAAUUUCUAAAAAUAGUUUGCAGAUAAUUGAUAAUGAAUUAGAACCAGCAGGAUUGGGAUUUUACAAAAAGCCCGUGGCGUAUUUUAAUCACUCAUGUUUGAGUAACUGUGUGACUAUAUUUAAAAACCAGAAGCUAUUUAUACGAACCUUGAUGGAUGUCUAUCCUGGAGAAGAACUAACGAUUAGUUAUAUCGACAUAGCAUUUGACAAGAAUACCAGGCUAGCCAUUUGCAUGGAUCAGUAUUUCUUUACCUGCACGUGUAAGCUAUGUAAAGUGAACGUCGUGGCUGAAUGCCAAAAUAUUUUUAAUACAGAACUGAUAUGUACUCAUUCAGAGAGUUGUAAAAAAAGUGUUAACCAUAUGGAGCUAAUCUUAAUAUCUGAGUUGGAAAGAAAAAAUUCUUAUAUGAAUAAAAGUCAAUUUAAAAAUUCCUAUCCUGUUUUAAAAAAAACGAACGAACAACAACAUGUGUGGAAAUGUUCCAUCUGUAAAAACGAAGUGCAUGAUAAUAUUAUAAAAAGCUUGAUGGAAAAGGAGAAAGAAACUGUUAAGGAGACUGCUCAUUUGGAGUCUCUCUUCAGUGAAAAAUACACCUACGACAAUAAAUCGGUGUUACAGUCACUUAAUAAAAUUAAGUCCAAAAUUGACUACUUAACUACCUUUUAUCACCAUACCAGAUAUUCUUUGCAAAAGAUGAGAGCCAAGAUUCUUUACAUUUCUAUACAACUCCAAGAGUUUAAGUUAGCAUACAACAUUGCUAACCAGUACCUCAAAUCUAUAGAAGUUUCCUAUGGGAAGUACUCUCCUAUUUAUGGCUACUAUAUUUUCUUAACUGGGAAACUUGCCCUCUUUCUUGAUCUCAAGUCGGAGGGCCUUAGUUUAAUUCACAAAGCCAAGAAGAAUAUCAUAAAGACCUACGGACCGGACUCUCCCAUUUAUAAAGAUCUGGAGAAGUUCCUCUACACCAAUAAGUACUGA